AGGGAGAUCUCAAGAAACAUAUCUCUUCGAGGUUCUGUUCCCUUCCUUUUCUUGGUCUUCUCUUCCAUCCCUCGACCAUUUUUGGGGCGACGUAUUAUCCACAGGUCUCAAGAUUCAUCCUGUGUCAUCGCCUGGGAAUUCGUCGUCUCUUUAACCCACAUCCUUCUUUCCCUUUCAUUUAAUGUGCGUUGCAUUUUGACAAGAAUGGAUCAUGAAACUUCUGGUGCCCAAGAAUGGGCGUUACCAGGCUAUGGUCGAGCAACCUCCAGAGCUCGUGGAGCGGCACCACGUCUGAUGACAACUCAGACCCGAGCAUCCACACAAAGGGGGCCCGUUCGAAGCGAAGCAGCUGUGCAGAGAAAGAAUACCCAGGGACAAGCAGCACAACAGCCUUCUGUGCCUCCAAGUGCUCCUACAGGCAGAGGAACCUUUCGGGGAAUAAGGGCGCGUGGAAAUUUUGGUGCGGUGCGCUCUCAGCCUAGGGCUGCAGCCUCACGCAACCCAAGCCGUCUUUUCAAGGACUCUCCUGCAAAAUCGAAAUGGAGAUCUGGAGCUCAACCCACUGGUGCUGUGAGAUUGCCCAUGGCUUUUGGCCAAUUCAAAUACGAAUUCUUUGGUGUGGCAAGGACAACAGCUCUGGGAAGAAAGACCCCGAUUACCCAAGGGCGAUUUGAGGCUUUCGAAGACAUUUGUCGUAAAACAGGUGCCCACGUCAAGCCGCCUGGCUACACUGAUCAGGUUAUCUAUUUAUGGGGCGACUCGACGCAGGUUACGGCUGCUAGAGAGCUGAUUCAAAGGCUCAUUGCCAAGUGCAAUGUCUUCCCCGACAAGAAGAAGGUUGAAUGGACCAAGAUCAAUGCUCAUUCAACAAACAAAGAGGUAGAUAUCGAACUGAAGGAAAGGCGUGAGGUCAUGAUACAGCAGCUUAAGAAAGCACCAGAAGUACAAUCGGCAUUCCCGGAGCAGUUACUCUUUCUUUGGCCCCGAGACGGACCCUCCUUGACUGAAUCUCUCGGCACACAGCUCGAAGCUCUUGAUGUCAUACGGGCUAGAUUCGGAUGUCAUAUAUUCGUCCCAAAAGACCUGCCGGACUAUAUCUGCGCUCUUGGUCAAAGCCAUGAAACGAUGCGACAGAUUGCUCAUCUCCUUAGAACAAAGUGGAGCGAAACCAUGGCAAACAGCAACAUCAAAUCCAAGGCUUACGUUGUCGAACCUCCCGAGAUAAAUUCUAUGAGGAGGAUUGUGGUUAAGAAAAACAAACAUUUUGCCAAAGCAUUUCUGCAGGGAGAUCGCCUGCAUGACUUUCAGCUAGAGAAUUGGCGUGGUAGAUUUGCACUGAUACAAUCAAAGAAUAACGCUCGUCUGCUCAGUGCCAUCGAAAAAGCUUUGCGAGGCGUUGUCUUCGUUCGUGGGCAUCUGCGAAUGCGUGUCAAUAUUGGCUCUUUUGUACUUGACGAGUACCGGCUUCCUGCAGAUGACAAACCGUCAUACGGAUUUGAAGAGUUCAGAGAGAUGCUACUUCAUGAACAAACAAAGGGCCGCUUGAUUCCAGGACUGAGUAUUGGCCAAGAUAAGCUGCUCGCUAAAUGUUUCAAGGCUACCAAGCUUCUUGAACCAUACGAAAGUACCUCACACUCUCUGGAACAUGCCGAGCCAGCCUACUCUGUGAAUUUCGAAUUCCUGGGGUCCAACAAUGCUCUCCUUCGGCUGGAGGCAGAAUUUGCGAAGAGCCCUGGCGCUCAGGAAUAUGAGAUAACUCAGCGCCGAUGGCUUCGACCUCGUAAGAGUGGCCAGUCCACUCACAAACGGUCCCCUCUUCAACUUGCGGUUAUCGAUUUUGAAAGAUGUGAUUGGCAGGUCGAGAUCAAGUCUCUGGAGUUUCAUGAAACAUCCUCGAUCGAUACAGCAUUGAAAUCGUUCUCGCACUCCAUAGGUUUUCAACGUACUGCCACCAUGGGCGAUUUAUCUGCAAAGCCUCAAAGGAAGGUUACCUUCCCUGCUUCAGCCCCAGUGUCUAAGUUCAUAGAGAAAACCGCCGUUCGAUAUCGACUAAAGGGGACCAAGUAUAUCUUCGAGAUUGCCCGCUAUGAUGAGUAUAGUCGCACUAGUACCCCGGCCUUCCCGGGGCAAAGUCCAGCAACAAUAACUGGUCACAUAUCCGCAAACCCUUCCACUUCCUGGGGUGCGUCCGUAUUCGAUCCUAAUUGGGAUAAUCUUCUCGGAGAGCAUGCAAAUCUGCCAGUCGGUCAUUCCGCGCGUUAUAAUCCCAACCUGGACACAUUCUUUCCGCCUAAGAAUCAGCCCGGACCGGAAGACAAAUACCUGGGUUUCUGGGAUUUCAUUAACUUGAUCAAACAGGUCGCUGAGCUUCUUGGUCCGGAGCAGACUUCUUCCCCAGAUAGACCUCAGGGCAGUGCCAACAAGGCUUCUGGGUCUUCUUCGGCUGUCCCAGGUGCUCUAAAUAGCCAAGUUUUAUCGAACAGCUCUUCACCUACAAUUGACGCCAAGGAUCUUGCUGGGCUGUUGGAUGCUGACUUGGGUACUUUGUUCUAA